AUGGAGCCCCUGAGCUGCCCGUCUCUCCAGCGAACGACCAGGCGAGCUCCAGUCCCAGUCCCAGUUCCAGUCCCAGUCCCAGUCUCUGCUGUCUCUGUCUCCGUCUCUGUCUCCGGUCUUGCCUUGUAUCUGCAGGAAGAAGAAACUUCAGAACUUACAGCAGACGAGGCGUUGGACGGGCGACCAGUCAGUAUACUAGAGAAGACAAUAAAGAUAGAAGUAGUAGAAGAGAAGAUAGAAGUCAUAGAAGAGAGUAAUAGAAGUAGAAGUAGAAGAAGAAGAAGAAGUAAUGCCCCUGAGCCAGCAUCAAGCCAGCCAGCCUUCUUCUCUCCAGCCAACUUCCACCACCAACUCCUUUCUUAUCAACUUCUUCUUCUUCUUCUUCUCUUCUUCUCUUCGUCUCUUCUGCCUCUUUUCCCCUUCAAGCUUAGUCUUAGUCUCAAGAAGAAGAAAAGAAAGAAAAGAAGAAAAAAGCAAGCAAGAAAAACCUUCGACUUUCUCUUCUUCUUCUUCUUCUUUUUUUUUCUUUUUUUUACUUCCUUUUUUUUUUUUUUUUUCCUUCUUUUUUCUUGCUCGCCGCUUUUUCCUCCUUCUUCGUCCUUUUCGUCGUCCUUUUCGUUGCUUCUCCCAAAGUCGCUUUUCUUCUUCUUCUCUUUCUUCUUCUCUUUCUUCUUCUUCUUCCUCCUUUUUCUUCUUCUCUUACUUACUUCUUCUCUUCUUUUUUUUUUAUUACUUAUUCUUCUCCUUUCUCCUUCUUUCUGCCUCUCGUCAUGGGCUACAACACUCGCCGCAAGUCGCUCUCGCUGCCGUCGCUGGGCAUCCACAUCCCUUGCUCUGGUCGCCGCGCCUCCAACACCACAACCACUACUUCUACCACAGCUACUACCACAGCUCCAGCUACAGCUACAGGCAGCAGUAACAGCAGCAACGGCCAUGGCAGCGCCGUCCUCGCCUGUGUCGAAGAAGCAGAAGAGAGCGCAUGAGGCGGACGGCGGGCUGGUCGCGGACAGGCAGCAGCAGCAGCAGCAGCAGCAGCAGCAGACAGAGAGACUCACGCCGCCCCCGUCGCCGUCGUCGUCUCAGGAUGCUCGAGAGAAUGCUCAAGCGAAGACGCAGAAGAACAAGAUCGACACCGACGGGAUAGCCGAUGACAUCGUCGUCGCCGUCAUCCAGCAGCUCGAAAGGACCGGCAACAGGCCGCAUCUCAUCAAGGAGCUUGCCCAGGUCCUCUCCGCCACCACCGACUCCAUCGCCAAGCUGUCGCUCUACCUCAAGCGGCCGUGGACUGCCCUCGCGCCGUGUCCCAUCGCCAAAGAGCUCAUCCCCGUCCACCCGCGCAAGGUCUUCUUCUACCUGACCAACACCCCCCGGCAGCCGCUGCCGGCCUCCUCCCAGGACAUCCUCUCGCCGGCGCCCUCGCCCUCGGUCGAGAAAGAAGUCACUCCCUGUCCGUCUCUCUCGCUGCCGGACCUCGACCGGGAGGACGACGAUGACGACGAGGAGGAGGAGGAGGAGGACAGGUCCAGGAUGAGCCUCAGUCCAGAGGUCGACCUCGACUACAGCCUCGACAUGAUGAUGGCCUCGGACUCCUUUGCCUCUUCCCUGCCCCUACGGCAGCAGCAGCACUCCCACUCCCACGGCCACCGCAUCUCGCAUAACCACCGGGCUGCCUCGCCGCCUCUCGAAGGUGACGAGCGCGAGUUCACCCUCACCGCCAGCAUGGUCAGGGAGCGCACGACCGGCGAUGACGGCCAGGCAGGCAGGUUGCGCGGUCUCCUGCUUGAUUCGCCGCCAGCCUCGCUCGAUCUCCAGGUCGACAUGGACGCCUCUCCUUAUCUCGACGGCCAGGCUGCCUCCGACCAGGGCGAGUAUGGCCACCACCAGUACGACGACUACUUUAGCCGGCCCAUCGACAUCCCUACUACUACUACUACUACCACGUCAGCUGCGUCGGCCGCGUCUACUUCUACCUCUCCCUCCGAGGCUCCCGAGAUGCUGUAUAGCACCUCGCCUUCGCCCUCCGUCGCUUCCGAGAUCUCCUUCUCCCUCACCACCACCGCCACCUCGGACUGCGACUCGGACGAAGACGUCAAGCCUGCUACGGCCCGUCUGCGAGCCCACAAGAGAACUUACGACAUGUCCUUCCCCCUGGACGUCAUCGAUCUCGACCCCCGGAAGCAGUACAGCCAGCUCUCGCUCGACUGCGCAUUCAGCUUCUCCCUCGACUCUUGGGCCGACUUUCGCAGCCCCGAGACGGUAGAAGUCGACGAACUCGACGCCAUCUUUGCCGACAUCUAG